AUGUCAAGAUUGAUCCACUCACUUCACACACACACACAUGGUUUAGGCCUACCAAGCACUACCAACUGUAGAUUUCACCAAGCACAACGAACCUCUCGCUUCCACUCCUUGUUUUUUUUGCCCACGUCGCUUCCUUUAGGCCCUCCAUCCAGCAAUGAGGCUGCGGCCCAUGCGUUUCGCGGGCUACACGGCCGCAAGAGCGACUUUAGUCUCUUGGCGAGCGCCAGCGGGGCCACCUUCUCGGCUGUGCUGGAUGGCAACGCACAUUACUACAAGGCCUUGGCCUCGGAGUUGGAGAACUUCUCCACCUAUGAGGCGUUGGUGAGCGAGCUCGAGUACAGGCCCGCGUGGAUGAGCGGAGGCUUGGCAUUGCACCGGCCGGCAGCCUUGGGGUCCGAAAGUCAGCUACAGAAGUCUCCCACCUAUGAACGCAUCGUGCGUUUCUUGGCCGGCUUCUUCGGCGUGGAACCCAUCAGGUCUUUGGUGAACCACUACCGAUCGGCCGAGGACUUCACCGCCUUCCACUCGGACCAGUACUUCUCUGGAGUGAACAUGACCAUCGGCGCGUCCUUUGGAGAGGAACGAUCCUUGGUCUUUGAGCAUCGAGAGACCAAAGAGCAGUUCAGUUUUCCUCAGCAGAACGGAGACGUUUUUGCCUUUACUGACAGCGUGAACCGUCAGUUCGUCCAUGGCAUCCCUCGUGAGAGGCAGCCUGGCGUGAGAAGGGAGGGAGUCGAGAGUUUCGGGCGAGGGUGGCGGCUGGGUGGCGGCAGUGGUAGUCACCUAGGUGGUGGUUUGGGAUAUGUGUUCAUGAAACCUUUACCCGGGAAGAUUAAGCUCUGUCAAAGAAUGUUCAAGUGA